GCCCUGGAAGCUCUUAAGUGUUGCGCUCAUAUGUCAUUCUCGCGUCUCUGACCAUCGUCGCCUCACAUCAUAUGGGAAUCGCUCAAGUUCUUGAAAUCGUCUAGCUUGAAGCACCUAUAACAAUGUCGGUGAGAUUUCGGUGCGAUUUUUUCGGCGUUUUUAUCGCUAUACCCUUGCUUGUAGAUUGGGAAACGACCAUUGAUUGAAAUAAUGGCUUCGGAACUCACCGCGAAUAGCGGAAGUAAAGGUGGAGGUGGCAAAGGUGGAUGAGGGCACAUCUCGCCGCCAGAUGAACCGCGCACAUGCGGUCCUGUAGGGGAUAGGCUGCAAACCGAUCAGCAGCUCUCACGCGUGAAUUGAGGCUGCAGUAUCAGACACCAACCCCCAUCUCCCUCUCUCUCUCUCUCUCUCUUUCUCAUAUCUCUCCUUAAAGAGUUUCUCGUCGAGUCGUGUGCUUUUGUGCUUCAUUCGGUUCCUCUCGUAACCCACUGCUCCUGGUCUUUUGUAUGGUUUGGAGGGUGCUGCGAUAAGUUGAGGAAUCAUGGCGGAGCACUUGACUGAAGAGCAGAUUGCUGAGUUCAAGGAGGCGUUCAGUUUAUUUGACAAGGAUGGCGAUGGUAGCAUCACGACCAAGGAGCUGGGAACAGUAAUGCGGUCGCUGGGUCAGAAUCCCACCGAGGCAGAGUUGCAGGACAUGAUCAAUGAGGUUGAUGCCGAUGGAAACGGCACUAUCGAUUUUCCCGAGUUUCUAAACCUCAUGGCCCGGAAAAUGAAGGAUACCGACUCUGAGGAGGAGUUGAAGGAAGCGUUUAAAGUAUUCGAUAAGGAUCAGAAUGGCUUCAUCUCUGCUGCGGAGCUCCGGCACGUGAUGACCAACCUGGGGGAAAAGCUGACAGACGAAGAAGUAGAUGAGAUGAUCCGCGAGGCCGAUGUGGAUGGUGACGGCCAGGUCGACUACGACGAGUUUGUGAAGAUGAUGAAGGCAAAGUAGAGCAUUGGUUGUGCUCUGUUUUCCUCUGUAAAAAUGGUUCUUCCUUUGCUUUUCUUCAUCCCUGUACCUUUCAGUAUACCCGUGACCCUGGUGAAGUGAGCUUUUGUAAGGAGGCAAACUGCCGAAUGAUAAAAUUUACUCUCCUCCAGUUUGGACAAGGUUUCGCCAUUCUGCUUGUAAGAUGAAAUUUACCCACAUCCACUGCAGACAGGCAUGUCUUGUACUAUUUUGUUUCUGAAUGCUGUCGUCUUGACAUCUUCGCCCUUUUGGCUUGAAUCAAAUCAUGAAAGACUUUCUACCUCGUGAAACCCAAUGGCUGAUUCUGUAGUAGGUGCUUUAGGGUAUUGUGUUACACCCUUGUUUUUUUAUACAAUCACGGAACAUAUCAAAUUUCAAA